UGUUUAUUUUGUUGUUUCUGUGAAGUGUCUACGAUUGCAGCAGAUGAAAGUUGUUUUGGACGUGAUAUUAAGGAUUUUUGUUAAUAUAUCUUAAGUUAUACUAAAAUUCGAAAUGAGUUCCGAUUGGGAUGAAAUUAAACGUUUGGCCGCUGAUUUUCAGAAAGCCCAGUUAACAUCGACAUUGCAAAGGCUUUCCGAACGUAAUUGCAUAGAAAUAGUGACGUUAUUGCUGGAGAAAAAUUUAAUAGAAGCUUUCUUUACGAACGAUGGCAAAGAGUAUAUUACACCAGAUCAAUUGGAACGUGAAGUGCAGGAUGAACUAUAUGUGAACGGUGGACGUAUUAAUUUAGUAGAAGUCAGCAAAACGCUCAACGUUGAUUUGUCACGCAUAGAAGAAAUCGCUGGACGCAUUGCAGAAAAUGAUGCUGAGAUACAUUUUAUGUUGGGCCAGUUAAUCAACGAACAAUACAUCACACAUAUUGCAGAAGAAGCCAACGAGCGUCUAGCACAGAAGGGCGAAAUCACUGUUUCAGACUUGGCUCAACAAUUUGACUUGCCUUCCGAUUUUCUGCAGCACGAUGUUAUGGAAAAACAUUUGGGGAAAAUCAUACGCGGACGACAAGAUGCAUCUAAUCCACGUGUCUUCUUCACUCAGGCAUAUAUACAGCGUUGCAAAGCUAAAAUACGAGGUGCACUGAAAGCUAUUACUUGUCCAACUAACGUAGCAAUCAUUUUACAACAAAUCAAUGUUCAAGAAAAAAUUUUUCAUUCUCUCUUCGAUGAGAUUGCACCUGCCGGUCAUGUGACAUCUAAGCAAGCAAACGCUCAAUAUAUUCCAAAUAUCUAUACAAAAAUGCAAGCGGACUGGGUAAACUCAUUUUACAAACAAAACGGAUUCCUGGAGUAUGAAGGUGUUGCUAAAUUGGGUAUUUCUGAUGCGAAACAGUUUAUAAAAAAGCAAUUACCCAAUGAAGACAUUAUUUACUUGAAACGUUGUGCGAUUGGCUCCAAAAUAAUCGAUCUCACUGUGCUUAGUUCAUUGAAUGAGUGUAGUGCUACUAAAAGUUACGUUGACUUGGCCACCAUACUACCAUCUAAUAUGUCGGAAGAAGAUAUAGAAGAGGUAUUCGAAACGAUAAUGUCUAGAAAAGGUGCUACGCCCGCAAAUUUUGUAUUCCUGCAGAGUAUUGUAUUCUCGCAACAAUAUUUGAAUGAACUUGUACAACCAUGUCACGAAAUGGCACAUGCAAAUGCCAAAACUGCGGUUGAGAGCGGCAUUUAUCAGCAGUAUCUAGCUGAAAAACAGCUAUCUGGGAAAUCGGCGUCUGCGCAGGACUAUGACGACGAUUCCAAAACUGACAAGCGUGAGGAGCGACGCAAAAAAGCAGCAUCUGGAAAGGCUGGUGGCGGCAGUCAGGGACGCGAGACCAAAACCAAAUCAACUAAAAAGCAUCAACGUGGUGGGCGUGGAAAUGCUGGCGAUAGCGACGAUGAACAAGAAUCGCGUGGUGGUGUAAGCAAAAAAAGUGCGAAAACUUUUGAAUUGGUGAAAGUGGUUGACAUUGUAAACAUCAUUAACAAGACUUUGGAGGAGGAAGGCUUGGAAUAUCUCGCAGAUACCAUCGCAGCGCUGCAUUACAGCCAAUUAAAUCAAGUUGCGCUGGCCAAAGCACAAGAAUUGUUCGAAGCAACGCCACAAACAAAUCGCCGGCAAACUCAUGCAGCAAUACAAGAACGUAUUAAUACAUUGCUCGUUGAUUUGCGUUUGUAUGAGAAGGGUUUAAAGCUGCUACCGGCCGAUGUGCAAGCGCAACUCGUGAAAUAUUUGCUCAAAUCACUUGGUAAUGACAUUUGUAAUGAACUAACCGCCUAUAUUGCCAGCGAAUGCAAUUUAAAUACAAAAGUUACAAAUUUCAAUGUGGAUCAACGCAACAAAAUAGCACAGGAGUGUGAUCCCGAGUAUAAAACAGCACUACUGGAAAUCAAUAAAGCGCUGAAUAAAACAAUCGAUGAUUUUGUUUUGGCUACUGAAGGUGUAUUGAAGGCGUGCAGCAUGAUAAUCAAGAAGGUUGAUAAGAAAAAGGAUCGACAACUUAUACUGCAGCACAAAGAAAAAUUGCUACAACAAUUACAGGAAACUGUUGAGCCGGCGUUGGUGUUGCACUUGGCCGCUUUAAUACUUUUCACCACAGUAACGGGUUGUAUCAUACACGCUUCUGGUAAAUUCGUCGCACAAAUACUCGCUUACAUACGUCCCCACUUAAGUAACGAACAAAAUGAACAACUUAUGCAAUACCAUGACUUUGUUUUGAAAUUGUUGCAAGCGAAAGAAGACAGCGACGAGGCGAAAAACAUAAACGAACAGUUGCAGAGCCUACAAAAUACCAUUAAAGAGUUAGCAGCGUCUUAUGAAAAGCCCGGCAUUUCCAAAACCGAAUAGAUAUGAUUGUAAUCUGAAUGACAGCUUGGUAGACGCAUUUUUUAUGUAAAGCGCAAUUCUUUUAAACCUAAUAAUUUGUAUGCUUUAUUUGGAAUAAAGUUAUUUGCGGGAGUUUAGUAACUUUUAUUUUUUUAUUUAUUUGUUUGUGGAGUGACAAGCGCGUAUUUCACAAUUUCGUAAUGCCUAAUUUUAUUUGAUGUUUUGAAAAAGUGCUUACAGCUAAUGAAUUAAAUAUAAUGUUACAUAAUUGUAUAGCUAGUUCGACUACAAAUAUUUACAUAGUAUAUACUACAAAUUAUGUUGCAGCACUGUGCUGAUUUACGACGUCAGGCAAUCAUCGUUACAAACGUGUAUAAUUACUCGUAUCGUGUGCGUACUAAUAGCUGUGUAAUCGUUGCAGAAUUUGCUUUGCUUUAUCACUAGUUUGU